AGGGAAGGAGGUUCCACUUGGACCACAGAGCCAGCUUGAACUAGUAACGUGUGGAAGGAACAUAGUUUAUAAAGAUGUGACGCAGGCUCCUGGGGAAAGAGCGCCAACCUCUGGCUGUGCGGGCUCCUGCUCUUCGCCGCUCUCCUGGGCUUCUACAGGUGAGCCGGGUCCGCCUGGAGCUUCAUGCAGCAGGAGAGGCGUGCCCUCGGGAAGCAGCCUGUCCCGCAGUUGGAUUUGGAGCGCGUCCUCUCACUGCGAGAACCUGUUCUUCCCAUAACAUAAGGACCCCGGGGAGCGCAGAGAGCCCGUGGUGCCUCCCGGGUCAUGCCUUUAAGAAUUUGGAGCCCCGUGUCCCUGUGGCCUGCAGCUUCCUGCUGUGACCCAGCUCUGAACCCCUCACCCCCUCUGGCCUUGCUGUUCACAAUGGAUGUGACAGCCAGGUGCCCAGAACGGCGGCCCGAUGGCUCUGGGUUGGGACCUGGGUCAGGGGUCCGGCCUCUAUUCUUGACCUAGAUGCGGGGUUCAUUCGACUUAGUCGUCUAGCUCCCUCUCCCUCUGCAUUGUUCCGUGUUUACAUUUCAUUUUAUCUUCUUUUCCCCUCAUUUUGACAUACCCUGCAUUGCCUUGUUAAUUUUUUUAGACUGGUAAAAGUUUAGAAACCAAAAGAUUCAUCUGAUUAUUUCCUUCUGGAUAUAAAUAACAUACUUUAGGGCACUUUUCAAGAGCUCACAAUAAGAGCUCUUUCUUCAAAUGAAGACUUACAUUUUUAAAAGAUGACCUCAAUAUGCAAAGAGUGAUUUUAAAAUCUUUCGACGUCUUUUUUUUUUUUUUUUUUUUUUUUUAAUUCACGCGAACCAGGAUAAAUCCUAGGACAGAAUUCUUCGACGGGAAAAUUACCAUCUAAUUUGGCAACAGGAAGAAAGUCUCACACUGACAGAGCCUCAGACGGAGCCAGGUCUCCUUUCUGACUCCCCAGGGGUCUGCCCCCAGGCUCCUGGGGGGGGUCGUGACCUCUUCCGUCUGGUCUGUGCCCAUCGGAGCCCCCCUUCCUCUGCAGUUCCGCUGGAGCGCGGUGUCACCAGGGGACGUAGUUCCUGCAGGGGGUCCGGUCGGGGAGGGGGCAUGACGGGAAUUCUGUUUUGCCCGCUUUGAGUUUGAGGAGACUGCGGACCUCCAGCGAGCGGUCUGUCCGCACCGGUGGGUGCUGCUGUCCGAAAGCAGAUGAGGUCACGAGGUGGGCAAGGCCGCGGGGGAUAGAUACCCCCUGUUCUCCCCGUGCGGUGUCUUCAGCGGCCAUCAUCAGCUCAGCUGCCUCUGAGCGGUCACCCCUGUCUUGCUCACAUGUUCUCUCCCUCCACACCUGUGGGGCUCCAGCCUGGGUACCUGGGACCCCAAGGCGGUUCAGGCCCUGUCCCUGCCCCCCAGGCGGCCAUGUGGAGGGGCCGAGGUUAGGCCCUCGCACCUUAACCCAAAUCCCACCCACAGUGCAGGGGGAGGCCCCUUCACAGGGACGCACAGAAACUUCUUGGAGGAGGGACCAGCUGUGCUUGGGUGGGGGAAGCCAGGGCAGGGGAGGGGAGGGCAGGAGAGCGAGUCACGCCAAGACUGGGGUUACGAGCGCUACAUGGCACACCCCCGCUGCAUCCCCAGAUUUCCUCCCUGCCCUGUCGCUCAGCUGGUGAGCCACGGAGCUGGUGACCUGCCCUUGGGCUUCCGCUCUCUAUGUGACAGCGUUGUUAGAAAACGGAGGAGGCGGGGCUCGAGUUCAGAGCACCUGCAGAGCCCCAGGGGCUGGUUCGCAAGAGAGGUUUCUACCCAGGCCCUCCUCACUGCUCAGGGCUGUGCGGGGCCUGGGGUCGCAUCUAGGUGAAUCUGAUGCCGGGGUCCCCGUCCAAGCUAUGGGUGACUGUGGUGAUAGGAUAGGGUUAUAAUGGCCCGGUCGCCUGGCAGGGGGCGGGGGAGGUCAGCAGGGCUCUGCUUGGGCCCCACGUCCAUUCCCUCAGGAGCCAGAGGCCGAAAGGCUCAGAGUACGUGUGUGCAAGUCUCAGCCCGGUCUGCGCCCGGCCCGGAGAAGACUCAGCUUCUCGCCUUUGUUUGUCCGCCAGCAAUGUUUUCAGGCUGAUUCCCGGAUGGGGCCAGAGAGGAGCAUCUCAAAGGAUGACCACCCUGCGGUCCCACAGCCGAAGCCAUCCAGCGAAAGUGACUGCCACCGGGACACCAGCAGAGUCCCUGAGGUACCCAGGCUGGCUUACCCCAAGGCCCAGGUCCUCAAGCCCACGAGGGCGGACGUGCUGGUCAUGACCCCCUGGUUUGCUCCCAUCGUCUGGGACGGGGUCUUCGACUCUACCGUGCUGGAUGCGCAGUUCAGAAACACCACCAUCGGGCUGACCGUGUUCGCCAUCAAAAAGUACGUGGUCUUCCUGGAGCUGUUCCUGCAGACGGCGGAGAGGUACUUCAUGGUGGGACACAGGGUCACCUACUACGUCUUCACCGACCGGCCAGCCGAUGUGCCCAACGUGCCCCUCGCCGGAGGGAGGCAGCUGGUGGUCCUCAAGGUCCGGAACUACGCGCGCUGGCAGGAGGUGUCCAUGCACCGCAUGGAGAUGAUCAGCAAUUUCUCGCAGCAGCGCUUCCUCCGCGAGGUGGACUACCUGGUGUGCAUGGACGUGGACAUGAAGUUCAGCGACCAGGUGGGCGUGGAGAUCCUGUCUCCCCUCUUCGGCACCCUGCUCCCCAGCUUCUUCAGGGCGGCCCGCGAGUCCUUCACCUACGAGCGCCGGCCGCAGUCCCAGGCCUACAUUCCCAGAGACGAGGGUGACUUCUACUACGCAGGAGGCUUUUUUGGGGGGUCAGUGGCCGAGGUUCUCCGGCUGACCUCGGCCUGUCACCAGGCGAUGGUGGUCGAUCAGGCCAAUGGGAUUGAGGCCGUGUGGCAUGACGAGAGCCACCUGAACAGGUACCUUCUCUACCACAAGCCCACCAAGGUGCUGUCCCCGGAGUACCUGUGGGACGAACAGAUGCUGCAGAGGCCGCCUUUCCUCAAGAGACUGCGCUACGUGGCGGUGCCCAAGAAUCACGCCGAAAUCCGGCACUGAGGAGCCCGGGGCCCGGGAUGUCUCCCGACAAGGCGGCCGCCUUAGCAGGGCUUCCCCUGGGAAGGCACCGGGGAUGUGGUGCUGUCCUGAGCGCCUGGGUCUCGGAGUCCUUUUCCCCGGGAGGCUCCCCCUUCCUCCUCAGUAUAAACCGGGCUGUCCUUCAAGGUGCCUGCAAGGUCGCCCUCCCCGGGAAGCCUUCUUUGAUCGACUCUUCCUCCUACCACUGAGAUGCGCGGCUCCUCGCUGCGUCUCUGUGAAGCCCAGAGCGUCUCCUCCUGGCCGAGCCCUGCCCUUCUGCCUCCAUUUCCCAUUGGUCUUGGUCCUCACAAUGUGGGCUCCUGAGGGCAGAGGUGAGGAUCUCUUCUUUGUACACGCCAAUACCCACACAGUGCCUGAUGCCCAGAGACUCUCGAAACAUGACCCCUCAAAGCCUGGUGGACCCUGUUCCCAGACAAUGGGUGAGGCCCAGCCUGAAAGCACGCUUCUGGGUUUGGUUUGUGUGUAUCGGUAGCUGGUGGCUUUGGGUUGUUUUUCUGUUUCUUACGGAUUUGUGGGAGUUUGUUAUUGCUUAAGGUGUUAGUACUUUUCUCAGACACGAGCUAAGAAUCUCUUCUUCUGGUUUUUAUGUUGCUACUACAACUCUUUUAACAUGGAUGAAUUUAAGAACUCCUUUCCUGCUUCAAAAUCAUGAAGAUAGUGUCUUCUGUUAGAAGAUAGUGUCCAGAAGUUUUAUGUUUUUGCCUCACACUUAGGUCUUUAAUCUACUGACACUGACUUGUGUGUGCUUUUAAUGUCAGGAUUUGAUUUAAUUUUCCUGUCUCUGGAUAACCAUCAUCUGAGCACCACUGAUUGAAAACCUAUUUGGAAACUUAUGGGAAAGGUCUUUUCCCUGACUUGCAAUAUCAUCGGCCUCCAAGUGUCGUCUGUCCCCAUGGGCCUGGGUCUGUCUGUGGGUCUGGGCUUGUGGCCAUAACCCCCCUCUUAGUUCCUGGAGGCCCGUAGUCCAGCCUCCGUCCGGGCCGCACGCCCUCCCGCCUGUUUCCUCACAAGUACUUUGAUGGCUCUCGGCUGUUGCAUUUCCAUGUCACUUUUAAAUCUUUUGUCAAAUUGCAGAAAGGAGCCUGCUGGAGUUUUUAUUUAUUUAAUUUAUUUAUGUUUUUGAGAGAGAAAGAGAGAGAGAGAGAGAGAGAGAGAGCAUGCAAGUGAGAGGCGGGGGUGGGUCAGUGGGAGAGAAUCUUAAACAGGCUUCAUGCCCGGUGUGGAGGCCGGCUGGGAGCUCCAUCUCACGACCCUGAAAUUAGGACCUGAGCUGAAAUAAAGAGUCAGACGCUUCA